CGGAUUCCGAUAAAAAAAAUCAUCUGGAUGUCUCACAGGCUAACAGCUCUGUGACAGGCUUCACCUACCAGAGGGAGAGGGUGAGAGAGAUUAAAUGUGAAAGAACGGGAGGGAGAAGGCGAGACAGAGAGAGAGCAAGCAGCAGAGAAGGAUCCCCAGGACCCAGUUCUGAUCUCACAACUGAACACUGACUGCAGAAAGGACACUUGCGAGCUGCAGGUUUGACAGCACUCUGGGUAGAAGAGGACCUCUGGGGAAACACACACAGGAAGUUUUUGUUGUUGAAAACAAGCAGCUGAGCAAAGCAUCAUGGCAAGCCAUCAGGCAGUGAAAAUCUUCAAGAAAUCUUCCAUCCCAGGAGUUACGAUCACUCAGUUUGUUGAUGAUAUUCCAGAAGGAUGCAGUACACCUGACUUUGAGCGGAAACCUGUCACCCUAACAUUACAGGAAGGUAAAAAUGCCAUUUUCAGAGCUGUGGUCAAAGGUGUCCCGACCCCUAAUGUGGAAUGGAAGCGUACAAAAGGAGGAAUGGGUGAUCCUGCCAAAUAUGAAACAUUCUUCAGUGCAGUUACAAAUGAAUUCAUUCUGCAGAUAAAUAAACUCACUGCAGAUGAUACUGAUUUGUUUCGCUGCUCUGCUGUGAAUGAAUAUGGGGAAGCUGUGUGCACUGCUGGCCUCAGGAUCAUACAAGUUGGCUUUAAGAGGAAAGCGAAACAGGUUCCCAUUCAUCCUGCUGAUGAAUUAAAGAAGAAACUUCAGGACUUCAGGAAGCUGCUGAGAAAGCGAGCCCCACGACCAAAACCAAAACCAGUGGACAUGGAAGCAAUCUGGCAACUCUUGCUGCAUGCAGAUAAAAGAGAUUAUGAAAGAAUCUGUAUGAAAUAUGGAAUUACAGACUUCCGUGGGAUGCUGAGAAAGCUGCAGGAAAUAAGGGAGCACACAGAGACUGAGCAUGGAAAAUUAGUGCACAGUAUCAAGAACCAGCAACACAUCAGGGUCAACAAAGAGGGAAGGGCUACAUUCAAACUAGAGAUGGACUUGAAAAACAGUAACAGCAAAAUUUAUCUGCUUAAGGAUGGUGAGAGGGUGAGAUAUGGAACAGGGGAUGAAUACAGAAAGCACUGCCUGAGGCAAGUAGGAAAAAGAUACAAUUUCAUUGUCAACGAUGUGCAGCCAGAAGAUGCAGGCUUGUACCAAGUCAGAGUGGAGGAUGUGCCCGUUUUCUCAACUGAGUUGGAAGCUGAAUCCAUCCCUGUGAGAUUUAAGCAUCCACUCAGUGAUGUGCAUUGCCCUGAGGAAGAAAAUGCUAUCUUUGAGUGUACCCUACAUACUCCCUGCUACGAUGUUCUUUGGCUACACAGAACCCACCUCCUUGAGGGAAGUGAGAAACACCAGAUCUCUGUAACACCUGAUGGUCUGACACACCAGCUGAUUAUCAAAAAUGUUCUGCCCUCUGACAGUGGCAUGUACACACUCGACACUGGGCUCUGCUCCUCAAAUGCCUGGCUUAUUGUAGAAAAUGCCAAAGGAAAGAGGAGACAGGAUGAAGGAGAUGAAAGAGAGAAAACUGGCUGGCUGAAAGGAACAUUGUCAGAUAAAGACAGGGCUAAGAAACUUCGACAAGGAGAAUAUCUUGGUGAACAAGAUCAUCUUAUGGACAUUAGCAUGGAAGAAGAUGGCUUGUACAGAAAUGGCCAAGAAGGCAGUCAAGACUACUCCAUUGAUGUUGAUGGCAGACGUAGAUUUUUGGGACAAGAAGGGCGAGAUGGAGCCCACAGAAAUGGAAGAAUGGGGUUUGGGCAGUUUUCUAGAGCAGAGAUAGAUGGAGACUCAAUGACAAGUGGUGGUAGUAGCAGUAGAUUUACAGGUUUAAGAGAUACAAGUGGAUUAAGGUCUUUCCGUGGUGAGGGUUCUGUGACAGGCAGAGCAGAUAUUGGUGAUGGAUUAGGAGAAGCAGGUGGAUGGUAUUCUGUGGAUGGCAGAGGUGAUGCUAGAGCUGGAUUCAGAAGUACAGAAGGUUUAGACACUCUUCAUGGCAAGGGUACUGUAUUUGAGGAUACUAGUGCUGGUACUGGGGCGAGGGUGGGAGAAACAGGCAGGAAGGGAUUUCUUUAUGGCAAAAAGGGUUCAGUAGUUGGAGCUGAGGCUAGCCUAGAUGAAAAAGGAGGUAGGGGUUCUCUUUAUCAAGAGGAGAGUAUGAUGGAAACAAAUGGUUUUAGCAGUGCUGGUGUAGGUGGGAUGCGUUCUCUGUCUGACAGGGAUGCUAUCCUAGGUGGAGCCAGUCAUGGAACUGGUCAAAGGGCUGACGCGAUUGUGGGGUCUUUUCAAGGUACAAAUGCCACAAGAAGUGGAUCCAGAGGUGUAGGAGGCAGGGACUCUCAAGAUGGUAAGGAUGGUGUGUUGGAUAUUCUUAGCACUGACAUGGGUGAUGCACAAGGUUUGGACUCUCGGCAUGACAAGGAUGGUAAAUUAGAUGAUGCUAGUUACAGUGAGACUAGUCCAGGGACUGGAGCUGGUAGGAAUGCUGCAGGUACUGCGAUUACUGGAGGAAUAAGAUCCUUCCAUGGCAAGGAUGACCUGCCUACUGUAGCUGGUAUUAAUGGAACAAGUAUAAAUAGAGGAGAAAUGGGGACUCCCUAUGGUAAGGAUGACCUGAGAGUUGAAGCAAGUGGUCCUGCAGGUAAGGGAGAAAGAACUGGCUUGCUGUAUGGCCCAGAAGGUAUGCCAACUGGAGAUGGGGCUAGACCUGAUGCAGGUGGCAAUUCUGUAGGCAGAAUGGGGGCUUUGUAUGGCCCAGAUGGUCUGCCAGGUGAAGAAGGUCUUGGUGAUGCCACUGCUGUUAACACUGGGGGGUUCUGCAGUAAACACAGGCAGUCAGGUGAAUCUGGGGCUGGAGGUGGAAACUGGAUUGGAGCUGAUGUGGCAGGUAAAGGAGGAAUGGGGUACCCCUAUGGAAAGGAUGGUCUCCCAGUGGGAAUGGGAGCUGGGGCUAGGGAUGGUGUUGCUGGUGUUGGUGUUUUGGGAGGUGUUGGGACUCCCUAUGGAAAGGAUGGUCUUCCAGCUGGGACUGGUGUUGGUGGUUUGGGAGGUGUUGGGUCUCCCUAUGGAAAGGAUGGUCUUCCACUGGGAAUAGGAACUGGGACUGCUGGUGGUGGUGCUGGAGUUGGUGGUAUGGGAGGUGCUGGGACUCCGUAUGGAAAGGAUGGACUUCCUGUGGGAAUGGGAGCUGGGGCUGGUGUUGGUGGUGCUGGGGUUGGUGGUAUGGGAGGUGUUGGGACUCCCUAUGGAAAGGAUGGUGUUCCAACUGGGACUGGUGUUGGUGGUAUGGGAGGUGUUGGGUCCCCCUACGGAAAGGAUGGUCUCCCAGAUGGUGUUCCAGCUGGGACUGGUGUUGGUGGCUUGGGAGGUGCUGAGUCUCCAUUUGGAAAGGAUGUUCUCCCAGUGGGAAUAGGAGCAGGGACUGCUGGUGGUGGUGGUGGUGUUGGUGCUUUGGGAGGUUCUGGGACUUCCUUUGGAAAAGAUGGACUUCCUGUGGGAAUGGGAGCUGGUGGUGGUGUUGGUGGUGUUGGUGGUAUGGGAGGUGUUGGGUCUCCCUAUGGAAAGGAUGGUCUUCCUGUGGGAAUGGGAGCUGGGACUGGUGUUGAUGGUGCUGGAGUUGGUGGUAUGGGAGGUGUUGGGUCUCCCUAUGGAAAGGAUGGUGUUCCACUGGGAAUAGGAACUGGGACUGCUGCUGGUGGUGCUGGAGUUGGUGGUAUGGGAGGUGUUGGGUCUCCCUAUGGAAAGGAUGGUGUUCCACUGGGAAUAGGAACUGGGACUGCUGGUGGUGGUGCUGGAGUUGGUGGUAUGGGAGGUAUUGGGACUCCCUAUGGAAAGGAUGGUGUUCCACUGGGAAUAGGAACUGGGACUGCUGCUGGUGGUGCUGGAGUUGGUGGUAUGGGAGGUGCUGGGACUCCCUAUGGAAAGGAUGGUGUUCCAGCUGGGGUUAGUGUUGGUGGUGCUGGAGUUGGUGGUAUGGGAGUUGCUGGGACUCCUUAUGGAAAGGAUGGUGUUCCAGCUGGAGAAGGUAUUGGUAGUUCUGGUGCAAGGGGAGUUGGCUCUUCCUAUGGAAAGGAUGGUCUCUCAGCUCUGGGUGUGUCUGGAGCUGCUCAUUUUCCUUUUGGAGGUGAAGGAGGAAUGGGGCCUUAUGACAGCAAGAAUUCUAUGCUGAGCAGAGCUCAAGGAUAUUUAGGUGGAGCAGGAGGAGCUGCUUUUCCUCAUGGCAGGUCAUCUUCAGAAGGUGGGGGUGUUGUUGGUGCCUCUGCAAUGCAAGCUGCUGGGUCUCCCUAUGGCAAGGAUGGUGUGUCAGCUGGCUCCAGGGUGGGGGCAGGUGGUGUUGGCAAUUUGGGAAGUGAUGAAAGGGGGUUGCAUUCAGUCCGUGGUAGAGAAGGUGUGGAAGGUGCUAUUGGCCUAGGUGAUGAAUCUGGGCUGGAUUCCCGUCCUGGCAAAUUUUCUAUGCGAAGUGAAGCUGGAACUGGUGCUUACAAAGAUUUCAGAGGAUCAGGACACGAAGGUUCACACAAUGAGAGAGAUUCACUUUCAGGGAAAGGAGGUGCCAGGGGUGAGGACAGGGAUUUAGGACAGUUAGGCUCCUAUUAUAGCAAGAAUUCUGCCUUUGGUGGAGCAGGAAGUAAAUCCAAUAACAAAUCUGUUGAUGGGAGGAAGUCAGGUGUUCUUGGUGAAAGUUCACUGGGUUAUGAUCAGAUGUCAGGUCUGGAUAGUGGUCCUUCUUCAGUAAAUCGGAGAAAACAGAUACCUGGCCUUGAUUUUAAAGCAAAAGAAUACUUGAAGAAUACAGACAGUAUGGAAAAAAGAAGACAUUUUCCCCAAGAUGAUUUGAAAGCACCACGCUGUCGUGUCAACAAACCAUUAGCAGAUGUCAGAGUCCUGAAAGGGGAGCCAGCCGAGCUGUCUUGCACUGUCAGUAAUGAUGAAGUGAAAGGAACCUGGUUUAAAGAUGGAUUAAAGUUAAAAAGCAUGGAUGGAGUCCUUUUUGAAAAGGAAGGCUCAAUCCACAAACUGAUUAUUAACAAAGUAGAAGAUAUUCAUGCUGGAAAAUAUAAGUUUGAAGCUGCAGGUGUAAAAACUGAAGCUUCUAUUUUUGUUGAAGAUCCUCCUCAUGUUGACAAAGUUCUCCUCAAAAACCUAACAAAUGUUCCUAUUGUGGCCAAGGCUGGGCAGAAAAUAAAGAUCAAAAUCCCUUUUGAGGGCCAGCUGCCAAUCAGAGCAACGUGGCUAAAGGACAGAAUGGAGCUAGUAGAUGACACAAGGAUUCGUGUUGAUAAAGCAGAUACCUUUACCAUGUUGUCCAUCUCCAGCAGUGAGAGAAAGGACUGUGGGGAUUACAAAGUCAGGCUGAAGAAUGACCAUGGAGUCCUGGAGAUCGACCUAAAGCUUGUGGUAAUAGACAAGCCACAGCAACCCACAGGACCCAUCAAAGUUGUAGAAAGUUCCACAAGUGACAUCACCAUUCAGUGGAAGCCCCCAAAGGAUGAUGGGGGCAAACCAGUACAAAGCUAUAUUGUUGAGAGGCAGCAAGUAGGCAAGGAAGACUGGGUGACUCUGGGAGAAACCCCCAAAAGCUGUACCACUUUCACUACCAACAAAGUAGAACCAAACAUGAGCUACUACUUCAGGGUGAGAGCUGUGAAUGCAGAGGGAACCAGCGAUGCACUGGAAUCAGAUGAGGUGAAGGCUGUCAGUAAAGCUUCACCUGGUCCCCCAGAUCCCCCUGAGAUCAUCAGUGCCAGCAAGGAAACCAUCACAAUAUCCUGGAAAGCACCUCGUAAAACUGGCAGUUCCCGAAUUGUGGGGUACAUUGUUCAAAAACGCAAGAAGGGUACCAAUAUCUGGGUGCCAGUCACCAAUGUGCCUGUAGCAGAGAGGAAAUUGAAAAUGACCAAUCUCAAGAUGGGGCUGCAGUAUGAAUUUCGCGUGGCAGCUGUCAAUGCUGCUGGUGUAGGAGAAGCCAGUGCACCAUCACAGCCUGUCUUUGCUCGAGAUUCCACAAAACCUCCAGGUCAAGUGAGGGACCUUAGAGUGGCCAGCAAUGACAGCAGUAGCAUCACCUUGACAUGGAGAAAACCUGAACCUAAAGAUGGAGUUGAUGUGAAAGGCUAUGAGGUAGAGAUGCGAUCUUAUGACAACCUCAACUGGACCAAAUGCAAUGCUCUUCCUAUAGAGACAACCACGUACACAGUUAAAGGCCUGCAAGCCAAACAGUUAUAUUUCCUACGUGUGAGAGCCCUCAAUGACAGUGGCCUAGGAGAAGCUGCGGAGCUCCAAACUUGCACUGAAGCUGCUCCUCCUGUUGUUCCUCCCAGGUUCCUAAUAGAUGACAGCGUGAAAAGCUUCCUGAUUAUAAGAGCAGGCAAAACCAUCCGAGUGCCAAUUCCCUUUGAAGCAUCUCCGGAUCCGGUAGUGACCUGGUUAAAGGAUGGGCUUCCUCUACCAAAAAGGGCCACAAUAAAUACCGAACAUAGCACCACCGAACUGCUGAUUGAAGCAGCUGAGUUCUCUGACAGUGGCACCUACACUGUUGAGCUCCAGAAUGGGUCAAGGAAUAAAGAAGCAUUCAGCUUCCAAGUUCAAGUUACAGAUAUCCCACAGUCCCCUGGACCUAUUGAAUUGGAAGAGAACGUGCCAAAUACAGUGACAGUGACCUGGGAGCCAUCAGCAUCUGAGAAAUGGGAAAGUAAUCUCUACUACACGGUCCUGAUACGUGAAUCACAGAAGAGCUUGUGGCAAGUGGUGGGUGACCUGAUCUACACCAACAAGUUCACGUUCACCAAACUUAUCCCAGGCCGGGACUACUACUUUAGGGUUAUGGCAAAAAAUUACUUAGGAGCCAGUGGUCCGUCUGAAACUGUACAGCCAUGGAGACUUCGAAAAGAAAAGGCUGAAUUUCAAGUCAAACAACCAGAAUACAGGGAAGUUAAUCUAAAUCAAUCCCCAAGAUUCCUCGUCCAGUUGAAGCCUCAUGUGGUGACCACUGGGACAGAGUGCCAUAUGAGCUGUGCAGUUGCAGGCCAUCCACCACCGAAGAUCACAUGGUAUAAGGAUGGCAGGGACCUGUCCAAGGAUCCUAACUAUUUGUGCACAAAUGUCUUUGGUGUCUGCUCCCUGGUGAUCCUAGGUGUUGCAAAAAAUGAUGAAGGAGAAUAUAUGGUAGAGGCCACCAAUGAACUGGGCCGUGCAUUCAGCAAAGCUUUCCUCACCAUUAAAGACUCCUCCCUGUAGCAUGACCUUCCUGAAAACAUCUCUGCACUCCUGUGAAAACGAGAAAGUUUUCACUGUGAACUGGCUCUACACGAAAGCUAUGUAUCUAUUUUCAGAUGUGCAUGAUAGUCUGAGUGUUUUAUUUUUCUGAUCCAGUAGUUGUAUUUUGAGCAUGGUGCUGCACUGUAGUCAAAAUGGAAAAAAAGCUUUCAGGGAAUUGUAUCUUUUCAUAAUGAUCAUGGUUUUCCACUAUGACUUUUAAAAUACAUAAGAAGCUUCAAGAACGUAGAAGAUGAGAGGAAAAAAGAUUUGGCCAAAAUGAAACUUUCCAUGGAGAUCACGUGUGAGAUAACUUCUGUCAUACCACCCAGCUGCUGUCAGACAGUCACAAGAACAUUUCUUGACACUGUAGCUCUAUGAAGCUGACCUUUUGGCUUGUGGAUUUCUAAUCCACAGCAGUCAUUUUAGAUUCCAUGUAAUCCUUGGCAGGUUUCACAAUUCUGCUAGAAGCAGUUCUGCAUGAAUUCCACUACCAGUAGCAGCUAAGCAUAUUGUUUGCUUUAACCUCUAAGUUGAAUAGAGUAUCUGUCUGCAUUUUAAACACUGUCAGUUAUUUUUACCUGAGCGUGAGAUAAAUUCUCAGGCUAGGCUAACACAGGACAGCACUACUGGCAGUGAAAAUGCAUUGACAGGAGUGAAUGGAAAUCUAGUACCAGUUGUAUUUGUGUGGGCAGAUCAAUGCUGUACUUUAAGAAACUGCUAUAGCAAGUGCUAUAGAAAAGGAUGUAGAGGUCUUAAACCUCCACAUUAGUAUCAUCUUUGAAAUCUAAUUGCCCCUACCUUGUGACAUCCCUGGAAUAUUUUUGCAUAAUGGAAGAAGAGGUUAAAAUCUUUCAUGUUUGUGAUACCACCAGAGAACCUCAGCCAUGCCUGGGAGAUGCCAUCACUGAGUGGAGAAUGAGACUGGAAAGCAACAAUGUAUAAUGACUUCCCAAAGGAAUAACAUUGCAGCCUUAGCACCAAAGCUACUUUCAAGCUGCCAUCAUAGAAGGCAGGAGAAUCAACAUCAGACUUAAAGUCAUUGAAUUCUCAUACAGCCAGUCAAACAUUUAUGUGGGGCUGAAAUGCUGUUCUUGAUUAUAUUUUGUAGAGUGU